AGGGUUGAUCGGGGUUUAAGUGUUUUAACCUUGAACCAUUUGAACGCCGGUUACACAUUUGGUUCGAUUUUUAUUAAAUUAAAUAAAUUAAAAGAAAAAUUCGAAACCCUUUUCCAGUCUUACAAUUUCUCUCAGUGUCCCGCCCGCCCUUCCUUGCAUUCCACGCGGCCGCCAAGUUGCAGGCUGUCGUGAAAUCGGUAACCGCCAAGCAGUUACAGUUCAUCGAAGGGUUUUACACUCUCACUCUCGUUAUUUCACUUCAUUCUUAUGGCGUUGGAUAAGGAAAAACUUCAAGAAGAAGCUGUAAUCCAUCGCUUUUACCGGAUUAUUCUUAGUUGGAAUUGCAAUAAUCUUCUUGACGAAUCCGAGAAUCAGAGAAGAACUAAUGCUUCUGCUUCGAAGAAACUCGUUAAGGUGAAGAAACAAUACAAAGAUGUUGAUGAUUAUAUUAACACCUAUGAACCCCUCAUUUUUGAAGAAGCCAAAGCCCAAAUCAUUAGAGGCAAAGAGGAAGAAAAUGGGGCUGAAUGGAAGCUUGGGGUGGUACAGAGUUACAAAGAGUCAGAUGACUUUGAUUUUCUAGAAUAUAUUUGUGAAAUGAAUGAGGGAGAAUCAAUAUCACAGAAUGAUAUGUUAUUGAUUUCAAAAAAAGAGUGUGUGGAUGACAAUAAUCCGCAUGCAUUUGCUUUGGUGGAAGAGGUGCGAAGAUUUUCUGAAUCAAGAAUUCUUCGACUUAGACUCUAUCUAGCUGGAGAGUACUCUCAUUUACAUACAAAUAAUGUGAAAUCUUGCCCGAGGCUGUUCAAUAUGCGUUCUCAUAUACGUGGGACAAACGCACAAUUGUAUUCUAUGAAGAUGUGCAAUUUAUCUACCAUUGCUCGUGAGUAUGUGGCUAUAAAAACAAUAAGCUCUCUCCUAUUCAAGGAUUUAAUAUUAAAUGCUGGUGGAGAGGAUUUUGGUACGGAAGCUGCGGGAUGGAAAAUCCCAUUACCUUUGGAUAAACAUGUAAAAGAAAAUUUCAAUCAAUAUCAACACGAGGCCAUAACUGCUGGUCUAUCAUCAAAAGCCUUUGUCCUGAUACAGGGGCCUCCAGGGACUGGGAAGACUCAGACCAUACUUGGGAUUCUAAGUACCAUUUUACAUGCAACUCCAACAAGAGUACAGUCAAAGAGCGGGACCUACGAGCUAAAGCAGGGGCCACAAUUACCAAUAGAGGAAAAAUCUAGACAUUGGAGACUGGCGUCACCAUGGUUACAUGGCAUUAAUCCAAGGGAUAGUCUGAUGCCAAAAGAUGGCGAUGAUGGUUUUUUCCCAACAACUGGAAAUGAAUUAAAACCUGAAGUUACAACUUCAACUCGUAAGUAUCGCGUACGAGUUCUAGUAUGUGCCCCAUCAAAUUCUGCCCUUGAUGAGAUUGUGUUGCGGGUUCUCAGUGGUGGAGGUAUCCAUGAUGAAAAUAACCGAAGUUAUACCCCAAACAUUGUGAGAAUUGGUCUCAAAGCACACCAUUCUAUCAAGGCAGUUUCCCUGGACGAACUUCUGAAAAAAAAACGUGCUAGUGCCAACAAAUCAUCAACUGAUAAGCAGAGUAAUGCUUCUGCAGGAAGCCAUGAUGACAGUAUCCGGGCUGCAAUUUUGGAUGAGGCCACAAUUGUCUUCUCCACCCUCAGCUUUAGUGGUUCACAUAUUUUCAGUAAACUAAGUCGAAAGUUUGAUGUAGUGAUUAUAGAUGAAGCCGCACAAGCUGUGGAACCUGCAACUCUUGUUCCCUUGGCCAAUCAGUGUAAAAAAGUUUUUCUGGUUGGUGAUCCAGCUCAACUUCCAGCAACUGUAAUUUCAGACAUUGCUAAGAAUCACGGAUAUGGCACAAGUUUAUUUGAAAGACUGAUGCAGGCUGGUUAUCCCAUUAAAAUGUUGAAGACACAAUAUCGAAUGCAUCCUGAGAUAAGAAGCUUUCCCUCUAGGGAGUUUUAUGACAAUUCCUUGACAGAUGGGGAGUUGGUCAAGUCAAAGACAGUACGUGAUUGGCAUAAGUACCGCUGCUUUGGCCCAUUCUCCUUCUUUGAUAUACAUGAGGGAGAAGAAGCUAAGCCAACUGGUAGUGGUUCAUGGAUAAAUGUUGAGGAAGUUAAUUUUGUCCUAUUCUUGUAUCAAAAAUUGGUAACAUUAUUUCCGAAACUCAAGUCAAGCAACGAACUUGCAAUUAUAUCACCCUAUAGUCAACAAGUCAAGCUCUUCCAACAACGUUUUGAAGAGACUUUUGGUGUGUCAGCAGAGCAAGUAGUAGAUAUAUGUACUGUUGAUGGUUGCCAGGGACGUGAAAAGGACGUUGCAAUAUUUUCAUGUGUCAGAGCAAGUGAAGACAGAGGUAUAGGAUUUCUGGAGGACAUCCGGCGAAUGAAUGUUGGCAUCACUAGAGCAAAGUCUGCAGUGUUGGUGGUUGGUUCUGCCUCAACAUUGAGGAGGAGUGAACAAUGGAACAAGCUUGUGGAAAGUGCUGAGGAAAGGAACUGUUUAUUCAAAGUGUCUAAACCAUAUACCUCAUUUUUAAGUGAUGAAAAUCUUGCUUCCAUGCAAGUAAAGACGGCUGAACCACCUCAGGCAACAGAACAUGAUAAUGCAGUAAACAAUGGUAUGCCAAUUGAUAAUGUUACAGAACAGUUUGAUAGAGUGCAAGCUGACGACAAUGAUUAUGGAGAUGGUGAUGCUGACAUGGAUUAUGGAGGCUAUGAUGAUUAGGAUUAGUUUUAGAUAUUUGAUUUGUAUAGAUGAGCAGAAAGGUUAUAUUUAUGAAAUUUGCUAGGACUAAGGUAAAUUGUAAACUGGACUAGACUCAAAUCAGUGAUAGUAAUAUAACAUGUCAUCUUUGAUGCAAAAAAUGGGGAAAAAAAGCUCUUAUUCACGACUCUUCCUACUUAAGUUUCUUUAUGAUUAUGGAUUUGGAAUGAUUUACCAACAAUUACACUUUUU